CCCAAAACAAGGAUUGUUUUGUACAAGUAAAUUUCAGAGCUUAAUGUAACUAUUUUGGCAGAAGAAAAAUAUUUUUAAAAGAAUUAACCCUAGACUUGAGCUUUAAUUAUUGACAUAUUGAUGUGAAACUUUUUAUAGAUUGCAAUAACCUGGCAGAAAGAAAUGGGUUUUUAUUUGUAGGGAGUUAUGUGUCAUAAUUUUAAAGUUCAGUUACUCUAAUAUUACUAACUAUGAAACCAGCUGCACUGUUCAGAGAAUGUUCAUGAGUGAUAUACAGAAGAGGAGGAAAAACUGUGCUCUUCCCACUGUGACUUCUAUCAUAUAGCGUGGAGUUUAAUGUUCUAAAAGAGCGAAUGAGUCGAGUGUGUAUUGUUGUCUUGGAGGAGGUAGAAGAUGAUUCUCCUGUAUUCAUUUCUAAGUUGCCCCAGGAAAAUAAAUCUCUACAUUCUCCAUUCUCUGGAAAUGUAUUGCCAUCACUGGUGCAAGCUAUAUUUAAUGGUGAUCCAGAUGAAGUUCGAGCACUAAUAUUUAAGAAAGAAGAUGUUAACUUUCAGGUAAAGCAAAGAGAAACUCCUUUACAUGCUGCUGCCUAUCUUGGAGAUGCAGAAAUCAUUGAACUGCUUAUUGUUACAGGAGCUAGAGUUAAUGCCAAAGACAGCAAAUGGUUGACACCUUUACACAGAGCAGUUGCAUCUUGUAGUGAGGAAGCAGUACAGAUACUUUUGAAGCAUUCUGCCGAUGUUAACGCUCGAGACAAAAACUGGCAGACCCCUUUACAUAUAGCUGCUGCUAAUAAAGCUGUCAAGUGUGCUGAGUCUUUGGUGCCGCUUCUGAGCAAUGUGAAUGUAUCAGAUCGAGCAGGGAGGACCGCAUUACAUCAUGCAGCUUUCAGUGGGCAUGGUGAGAUGGUCAAACUACUUCUGUCCAGAGGUGCCAAUAUUAAUGCUUUUGAUAAGAAAGAUAGACGUGCCAUCCACUGGGCGGCAUAUAUGGGUCACAUCGAAGUAGUGAAAUUACUUGUAUCCCAUGGAGCUGAAGUGACAUGCAAGGAUAAGAAGUCUUACACACCUCUUCAUGCAGCAGCCUCUAGUGGAAUGAUCAGUGUUGUCAAGUACCUUCUAGAUCUUGGAGUUGAUAUGAACGAACCAAAUGCCUAUGGAAACACACCUCUUCAUGUAGCCUGUUAUAAUGGACAAGAUGUUGUUGUGAACGAGCUCAUAGACUGUGGUGCUAAUGUAAAUCAGAAAAAUGAAAAAGGUUUCACACCUUUGCACUUUGCUGCUGCAUCGACACAUGGAGCACUGUGUUUAGAACUCCUGGUUAGCAAUGGGGCUGAUGUCAAUAUGAAGAGUAAAGAUGGGAAAACCCCACUACACAUGACUGCUCUCCACGGUAGAUUCUCCAGAUCACAAACCAUUAUCCAGAGUGGAGCUGUAAUUGACUGUGAAGAUAAGAAUGGAAACACCCCUUUGCAUAUAGCAGCCCGGUAUGGCCAUGAGCUGCUAAUCAACACUCUUAUUACAAGUGGUGCUGACACUGCAAAGCGUGGUAUACAUGGAAUGUUCCCACUCCAUUUGGCAGCAUUAAGUGGUUUUUCAGACUGCUGCAGAAAACUUCUUCUUCAGGGAUUUGACAUAGAUACCCCAGAUGAUUUUGGCAGGACCUGUCUGCAUGCAGCUGCAGCUGGAGGAAAUUUGGAGUGCCUAAACCUUCUGUUGAAUACUGGUGCAGACUUCAACAAAAAGGAUAAAUUUGGGAGAUCUCCACUGCACUAUGCUGCUGCCAACUGCAAUUACCAGUGCCUGUUUGCUCUUGUGGGAUCAGGAGCAAGUGUGAAUGACCUUGAUGAAAGAGGCUGCACACCCCUGCACUAUGCAGCUACGUCAGACACAGAUGGCAAGUGCCUGGAAUACUUACUAAGAAAUGAUGCAAAUCCUGGGAUCCGGGACAAACAAGGAUACAAUGCAGUUCAUUACUCAGCUGCAUAUGGUCACCGUCUGUGUCUUCAACUGAUUGCAAGUGAAACUCCUUUGGAUGUUUUAAUGGAAACCUCGGGAACAGAUAUGUUGAAUGAUUCAGAUAAUAGAGCAACAAUAAGUCCUUUACAUUUGGCUGCCUAUCAUGGUCAUCACCAAGCCUUGGAAGUGUUGGUACAAUCUUUGUUAGAUCUUGAUGUAAGAAAUAGUAGUGGUAGAACACCCUUAGAUCUUGCAGCAUUUAAGGGCCAUGUUGAAUGUGUGGAUGUACUCAUUAAUCAGGGAGCUUCAAUCCUCGUAAAAGAUUAUGUUUUGAAGAGAACACCUAUACAUGCAGCAGCAACAAAUGGCCAUUCGGAAUGCUUACGGUUAUUAAUAGGAAAUGCAGAACCACAGAAUGCAGUAGAUAUUCAAGAUGGAAAUGGACAGACACCUCUAAUGCUGUCUGUUCUCAAUGGACACACAGACUGUGUAUAUUCACUACUGAACAAAGGAGCAAAUGUAGAUGCCAAAGAUAAGUGGGGAAGGACAGCAUUGCAUAGAGGGGCAGUUACAGGCCAUGAAGAAUGUGUAGACGCAUUACUUCAACAUGGUGCUAAGUGCUUACUACGGGACAGCAGGGGUCGGACACCUAUACACUUGUCAGCUGCCUGUGGACACAUUGGAGUUCUUGGAGCCCUUUUGCAGUCAGCAGCAUCCGUAGAUGCAAAUCUAGCCGUAGUAGACAAUCAUGGGUAUACAGCACUUCACUGGGCUUGCUACAAUGGUCAUGAGACAUGUGUAGAACUACUUUUAGAACAGGAUGUUUUCCAGAAAAUAGAAGGGAAUGCUUUUAGUCCAUUGCAUUGUGCUGUGAUCAAUGACAAUGAAGGUGCUGCUGAGAUGCUUAUUGAUACCUUAGGAGCCAACAUUGUGAAUGCCACAGAUUCAAAGGGAAGAACUCCUCUCCAUGCUGCUGCCUUCACAGACCAUGUAGAGUGUUUACAGCUGCUGCUCAGCCAUAAUGCUCAAGUCAAUUCCGUGGACUCUACUGGAAAAACACCCCUCAUGAUGGCUGCAGAAAACGGACAAACCAAUACAGUUGAGAUGCUGGUGAGCAGUGCUAGUGCAGACCUGACUUUACAAGAUAAAAGUAAAAACACCGCCCUUCACUUGGCUUGCAGCAAGGGUCAUGAAACUAGUGCCUUGUUAAUACUGGAAAAGAUAACAGAUAGAAACCUCAUCAAUGCAACCAAUGCAGCCUUGCAAACGCCUUUGCAUGUUGCCGCCCGAAACGGGCUAACAAUGGUUGUUCAAGAACUUCUGGGGAAAGGAGCAAGUGUACUUGCCGUCGAUGAAAAUGGCUAUACCCCAGCUUUGGCCUGUGCUCCCAAUAAGGAUGUGGCUGACUGCCUGGCUCUCAUUUUGGCCACCAUGAUGCCUGUCUCGUCAAGUAGCCAUUUGUCAUCCCUGACAUUCAAUGCCAUUAACCGUUAUACCAACACCUCAAAAACAGUUAGCUUUGAAGCCUUGCCCAUCAUGAGGAAUGAACCUAGCUCCUAUUGCAGUUUCAACAACAUUGGUGGGGAACAAGAGUACUUGUACACUGACGUGGACGAGCUCAACGAUUCUGAUUCUGAGACCUACUGAAAGGCUGAGCUAAAGGUCGAAGGAAGUUUUAACACUGAAACUUCAAACUGGGCUUUUUCAGGAAAAAAGCACUUUUCUUACUCAUACACAAAUUCAUCCUUAAGAAAGAUCACGCAGUGAAUGAAUAGAAGAAAUGUGAUGACAUUAGGAAGAAGAAUCUGAAAGGCAAGUUUUGCAAAAGGAACUUCUAGAAUCUUAAUAAUGACUUGACCAAUGGAAAACACAUUGAUGUCGAUUGCUUUGUGGGAUUGUUUAAUUGGCUUGUCAGUGCCAGAAAUUGGGACACUGCUCCCUGACUUGCUUAUACAGGAAACACUGCUGUAAAGGAAGAGAUAAAGACACUAGGUUAAAUUUUACCCAUAAAUUUACAGCUAAAUUUAAAUGCAAUAAAAAUUUGGUAUAGUAGGCACUAUGUACACACCAAAUUGCCAAAGGACCAAAUAACGUACAGUUUUUCUUAGAACGCCGUUCUGUGGAAAUAGAAGUAGGUGAAAUAAGACUUCAUCAAAAGCAAACCAAUACUUCUGAAAAUGAAGCUAAGAUUUGGUUUGGUGUUGAUUUUUUGUAAAGAAAACAUCUACAAAACCUUCAGUGCUAUAUUAAUCCAUGAGAGAAAGCAGAUGUCUUUAUGUUUUUUUAACGUAAAAAUUUUAGGAUUCCAGUUUUUACAGAAUUCAAAAGCAGCUGACUAGGUACAGUGUAAGUGGAUAUGGACUGGGUCAGGGCUGCUACCCACUUCUGAGUGUUUCGUUUUAAAUUGAAUUAUUUUUAUCCAAAGAAUUCCAUAGGGGAAAAUUUUUUGAUGAAAUUAAAAAUCAGAUUAUUUCACCUGUUGUAGCCCAGUGGUCCUGGGGAGUGGGGCUGGUUAAGCCUCUGCUGGGUGACACACCUACACCUUUGAGUUGAGCCUCUGAGGGGUGGCACACCUACACCUUGGGUUGGAGGACUUUCAUUGCCACUUACUAAUCUUUGAGCUUUGCAAAGCAAUAAUCAAAAUAAAAAAUUUUAGAGUCUUGUUAUGAGAGAUCAUCGAAAGCUAGUUUUAAGACGUAUAAAAACUGGAAUUUUAAAGUUUUUAUGUGACAGAAGACAUCUGCUUUCUCAUGGUUUAAUAUAGCAGGAAGGUUUUCAGAUGUUUUCUUUCUUUUCUUUUUCUUUUUUUUU